GGCGAGCUGACGGCUUGAGAGGAACUUGACAAACAGCGCUGUGAAGGGAUAAAGGGGCUAAAUCUCUCCCUCUCUCCCUCUCUCCCUCUCUCUCUCUCUCUCCACGGGGGCAGGGCUGCUCCGUCUCCCUUGGACUCGACAUAAAUACUUACUGAGCGGUUGAAAGGAGAAGUGUCAUGGCGGCGUACGGGCAGACCCAGUACAGCCCGGCCCUGCAGCCAGCUGGCCCAUACACACCCUACACACACCACACACAGGGCUACAGCAUGCCGUCCUACAACAUUAAAACAGAGGAUGGUCUGAGUCAUUCUCCAGGACAGACUGGACUGCUGGGUUACUCCAACUUCAGCAGCACUCCACCCAGUCAGGCGCUCUACAGCUACUCCACACACGGUGGCAGUAUUUCAUCUGGGAUUUUCCAAGGUACCAACGCAAUCACUGGUUCGACCCCUUUCAACCCCACCCAACAAGAUUUCUCGGCCUACUCCAGCUACAGCCAGAGCCAGUACUCUCCCUACUACAACUCCCAUCACUACAACAGCCCUUACCUUACGGGUAGCAACAUCAGCCCGGCCGCCAUCACAGCCCCGUUAGCCUACCAGCACCCAGAGCACCCCGCCAUGCUGUCCACUCACAGCCCGGAGUCACAUGCGGGAGAGUACCACCCGCCUCCCAGCCCCCCCACGCCAGGUAAAGAGGAAGGGGUGCCAGCCAGAAGGGGUUCGGAUGGGAAGUUACGGGGAAGGAAAAGAGUCAGUGACCCCGCUCCACCGCUGGACUCUGAUAUAGAGCGUGUGUUUAUCUGGGACCUUGAUGAAACCAUCAUCAUUUUCCACUCGCUUCUCACGGGAUCCUUCUCGACGCGAUUUGGCAAGGACUCCUCCAAAGCGGUAUCUCUGGGCCUCUGGAUGGAGGAGAUGAUCUUCAACCUGGCAGACUCCAGACUGUUCUUCAAUGACCUGGAGGAAUGCGACCAGGUUCACAUUGAUGACGUGGCAUCGGAUGACAACGGGCAGGACCUGAGCACGUAUAACUUCGGGACGGACGGGUUCCAGAGCCCGGCCGGGGCCGGCUCUCUGUGUCUGGGCUCUGGCGUCCAUGGAGGAGUGGACUGGAUGAGGAAACUGGCCUUCCGGUACCGUCGGGUCAAGGAGAUCUACAACAUAUACAAGAACAACGUCGGGGGUUUGCUGGGCAGCCCAAAGCGGGAGGAGUGGCUCCAGCUGAGGAGAGAGAUGGAGGUCCUGACAGACCUGUGGCUGACCCAAGCCCUCAAAGCUCUGGCUCUGAUCAACUCAAGGCCAAACUGCGUCAACGUGUUGGUGACCACCACCCAGCUCAUCCCGGCCCUGUCCAAAGUGUUGCUGUAUGGCCUCGGCGCCGCUUUCCCCAUAGAGAACAUCUACAGCGCCACCAAGACAGGGAAGGAGAGCUGUUUCGAGCGAGUCUCGCAGAGGUUUGGCCGGAGAGCGGUGUACGUGGUGAUAGGAGAUGGAGUGGAGGAGGAGACCGUGGCCAAGAAGAAGAACAUGCCCUUCUGGAGGGUGUCGUGUCGGGCUGAUCUGGAGGCCCUGAGCCAUGCACUGGAACUGGAUUACCUCUAGAGGGCACAGUAACAUCCUGUAGUUAGACCAAGCUAGGGUAUCUGUCAUUGGUUGACAUGACAGCUCAUUUGCAUAUGGAGUCAGGGGUCACGUUUGGGGGUUUUAGGGUAUUGACCGAGGAAAGAAGAUGGACGCUGAGUAGAGGACAGUCAGACUAUCCCAUCUCGUGUCAGUCUCCUAUAAGACCAGCAGUGAGGGACUAUAGGGAAGACAGAAAACAGUACAGCCACGAACUGUCUCAUCCACCUCUGCCCCUUGACUCCAUCACGGAGCAACUAUGAAAUGCUGGUGCUGCACCCUGAUCUGCGGUCAGUUUGGCUUUUUCCCCAACAUCUUCCAGUCUCUAGGGGAGGACAACUGACCUUCAGUAAGCACCCAGAAGACGCCUUCAUCCUAGCACCAAAAUUAUACUCACAAUAUUCAACGCAAAACUGAGAACAAAGGACCAAAGUUUCAUAUCUGAUCCCAGGGAACUGCUUUUAUUACUGGAAUAUUCUUUUUUUCAUUUGAUGAUUUUUUUUUAAUUAACCCACAAAGACUCUAUGAGACACGACCUACUUUUGUACAAAAAAAUAACAAAUGUUGCACUGAGAACAAACUCUUACAGACUCACAACAGACAGACUCACAUUGUCUGGCCAGAUGAAAAGCCCGGUUUGUUUCCUAGACUGUUCUGUUGCGUCUUUUUCCAUUUGACAUCUAACCAGUUUAACUAAAUGAAUUCCAGACUUAUCGACCAACUCCGCUGUAAAGAGAGAAUUAGAAAGCACAUAGAUUAGUCACAAGGUUGUUUGAGAUAGAUCUUGGCCUCACUACAUGGUAGAAUCACUUUACUCAUAUAUAUAUAUAUAUCUCCAACCAUCCAUCCAUUAUCCAAACUGCUUACCCUGCUCUCAGGGUCACGGGGAUGCUGGAGCCUAUCCCAGCAGUGAUUGGGUGGCAGGCGGGGCGACACCCUGGACAGGCCGCCAGGCCAUCACAGGGCCGACACACACACAUUCACACCCACUGAUCAGCGAAAACCUUAAAACCACCUGCCUAAUAUUGUGUAGGUCCCCCUCGUGCCGCCAAAUCAGCUCUGACCCGUCGAGGCAUGGACUCCACAAGACCUCUGAAGGUGUCCUCUGGUAUCUGCCACCAAGACGUUAGCAGCAGAUCCUUUAAGUCCCGUAAGUUGCAAGGUGGUGCCUCCAUGGAUGGGACUUGUUUUUCCAGCACAUCCCACAGAUGCUCGAUCAGAUUGAGAUCUGGGGAAUUUGGAGGCCAAAGCAACACCUUGAACUCUUUGUCAUGUUCCUCAAACCAUUCCCGAACAAUUGUUUGCAGUGUACUAGGACGCAUUAUCCUGCUGAAAGAGGCCACUGCCAUCAGGCAAUACCCUUACCAUGAAGGGGUGUACCUGGUCUGCAACAGUGUUUAGGUAGGUGGUAGGUGUCCAAGUAACAUCCACAUGAAUGGCAGGACCCAAGGUUUCCCCAGCAGAACAUUGCCCAGAGCAUCACACUGCCUCCAACGGCUUGCCUUCUUCCCAUAGUGCAUCCUGGUGCCAACACUUCCCCAGGUAAAUGACGCACAUGCACCCGGCCAUCCACAUGAUGUAAAAAGAAAUGUGAUUCGUCAGACCAGGCCACCUUCCAUUGCUCCAUCGUCCAGUUCUGAUGGUCACAUGCUCAUUGUAGGUGCUUUCUGUGGUGAGUGGGUCAUCAUGGAUGCACUCUGACCUGUCCGCAGCUACACAGCCCCAUACGCAGCAAGCUGUGAUGCACGUUGUGUCCUGAUACCUGUCUAUCAUAGCCAGCAUUGACUUGUUCAGCAAUUUGAGCUGCAGUAGCUCUUCUGUGGUAUGGGACCAGACGGGCUUGCCUUCACUCCCCAUACACAUCAAUGAGCCUUGGGUGUCCAUGACUCUGUCGCUGGUUCACUGGUUGUCUUUCCUUGGACCACUUUUGGUAGGUGCUGACCACUGCGUACCGGGAACACCCCACAAGACCUGCCAUUUUGGAGAUGUUCUGACCCAGUCGUGUAGCCAUCACAAUUUGGCCCUUGUCAAAGUCCCAUUUCCCUUGAAGAACGUGACUGUUCACUUGCUGCCUAAUAUAGCCACCCCUCGAUAGGCUGAUCAGUCUAUGUAGGCUAGAUACAUAGUAUCUAACAACGUGUCCCGAAUAGUCUAACUCUACUUUUGAAAUGUAAGCUAUUUAUUGAUCAAUGAAAUUCUACAAAAGGUAUAAAUCAUACAUGUUUUCAGAGUUAACAUAUUAAAUAGCCCGAUGAGACCCAGUAUGCCCACGUAAGAAUCUUUUGAUUUCAAAAUAAAAUAAAAUAAAAAGGUCUUGAAUGUGCUGUAUCAUAGGCGAGUGCUUGAAUCCUUCUGUUUAGUUCGGGGUUGUAUAUGUUGUCACGUUUUAACUCUCCUGUAUUUUGUAUUUUUCCUGUCUGAAUAACCUCUGUGUAAUAUAGAUGAGCUGGUUUGGUUGUGCAUGUGCCUAUUACACUGCCUGGCUACAAUGUGUAUAUAAUGCUUUAUUGGUUUGUUGCGAUGGACAGGUAUAAUAGAAUAAUAAAGAUAAG